AUGCAUUCGAUACUCAAAAGGAAACGUUCAUCGGCUACUGAGCCAUCUCGUAACACUCCGCAUAGCGAAGUUUCGAGAUCUGAUUCGGCAGCAAGCGGACCAUCCUCUUUACGUGCCACUCAACACCAAACCUCAUCUUUCGCGAAGCCACAGUUGAGAACCCAGUUUCAGACAGGAAAUCAUUGGGAAACUGCGAAUUCAGAUACCUUCAGUGAUCAUGAUCUCGGCCAUGUCAUAGCUGCUGUUGAUAUGAAGGAUAAUGGAACUGUAGGCUGCGCUUACUAUUCUGACGAAGAGGAAACCCUAUAUCUUCUAAGUGAUGGUCGAUCAGGUGGAAUGGAGGUCAUCGAUACCUGUGAGAUCUCAAAUAUGCUUCACCAUUCUACAGGGAACUCCGCUCACCCGCUCACAGUGAUUCUUCAAAUCAAACCAACGGUCGUCGUUGCGCCGUCUCGAGUUGACCUUGACCAAAAGCAAAACCUGGCGCAAGAUAACUGUUCUUCAUCAUAUCUCCCGUACCGGAUUGAUAUUCGUCCAAAUCAAGAGUUUAGUCCCUCGGAUGCCGAGACUCGACUGACUGCGCUUGAGAUAUCAUCCGCUCACGAGCAGCGCAUGCGUUUCUUUGUCCCACACUCCGGCAUUGCUGGUCCAGAUGAAGGAGGCAUUGAGAAUAUUGGAUUCACGCUAAAUGAGGGCCGCUUGCUUCACAUCUCUAGCGCCAUUAAUACGGAGAACCCGGUGACGCUUGGCUGUGUGGGAGCCAUCCUCAAUUAUCUCCAAAAGCGCCGAGCCACAAAUUUCAACGCGGAGUCCAGUGAAGCUUGCUCACCAAGAAUCCAUUUUUUGAAGAUGUUCAAUCUGAAGGACACCAUGUGGAUGAGUCGAAAUGCUCUUCUGUCGCUCCAGAUAGUACAGUCGGAAUCUCAUCCAAAUAUGUUCAAUCAGGGGCCUGGAAAAAAGUCCUCUUCGGGCAAAGAAGGCCUAUCGGUCUUCGGCUUGUUCCGUCGAUUUGCGUAUACCCCUCAGGGUAGAGCGAGGCUCAAACAAAUCAUCUUUUGCCCAAGCCUAGACCACUGUGCCAUUCGUGAACGUCAUCACUUCAUUGGUGUUUUUUCGCGGCCAGAUAACAUGGCUGUUGUUGAAAAAAUGACGAAAGCUUUAAAACACAUCAAGAAUCUCCGGCCUGCCAUGAUUAAUCUGCAUAAAGGGAUUAGUACCGGAAGUGGAAAGACUACAGGCUUCAAGUCUACUGUGUGGGAAAGCUUGUUGGCUUUCGCCUUCUAUGCGAUUGACAUUCAUGUAUCAAUGCAAGAAGUAUCUGGAGCGGAUGCCUUGAAGAUACGUGUCAAGGCUCUUCGUACCUUUGAAGCAAGCCAGCUGCACCGGGUGGGCCGAAUGAUUCAAGAGAUAGUCGACAUCGACAAUUCUGAUGAGCAAGGCCGCACGGUUGUGAAACAAGGCGUUGACCGGGAGCUCGACCGGAUAAAAGACCAGUACGAUGGCCUUAGCAGUCUUCUCAAGCACGUGGCUAUCGAUAUUGCCAGAACUAUCCCAGAGACAUUCGAUAUCGAUGUGAAUGUGAUAUAUUUCCCCCAGCUUGGAUUCAAUAUUGCUGUUCCCCUAAAUGCAAGAGGCCAGGCUGCAUACAGUGGAACUGACGGAGACUGGGAGCUUGUCUUCAUUACGGAAAACAGAGCGUAUUUCAAGGACUUCCGCAUGCGAGAGCUUGAUCAAAAACUUGGUGAUAUUUACGGCCUGAUAUGCGAGAAAGAGAUCGAAAUAGUCUAUGACCUGGCACAAAGGAUGCUCCAAUACGAGAAUGUCCUGGUGGACGCCUCUGAUAUUUGUGGAGAAAUCGACAGCCUCCUCGCGCUCACGCAAGCAGCUGGCUCUUACAAAUUGACACGACCUCAGAUGGUCUCGGAAAACGUUAUCAAGAUUAAGGGUGGUCGCCAUAUACUACAAGAGCUUGCGGUCCCAUCUUACGUGCCGAAUGACACUGAGCUUGUUGGUGGCCAAGAAGCAAACAAGAAUGAAGUCGGGGAAGUCAAUAUUUCAACUCCAAGUAUGUUGUUACUGACAGGGCCAAAUUUCUCCGGAAAGAGUGUCUACAUGAAGCAACUUUGGCUAAAAGAGCUAGCUAACGAAUGGAACCAUAGUUUCGUACCCGCGGAGAGCGCAGAAUUGGGUAUUACCGACAAAAUCCUCACCAAAAUACACACGCAAGAGAGUGUCUCAAAAAUUCAAAGCACCUUUAUGACGGACCUGCAGCAGGUUUCACUUUGUCUCAAGCAAGUGACUGGGAGAAGUCUAGUUCUCAUAGAUGAGUUCGGAAAAGGGACCAAUGAAGGCGAUGGGAUCGGGUUAGCUUGUGGUAUACUCGAGUACUUGCUUAGUCUCGAAGAUGCGCCAAAAGUCCUCGCUGCGACUCAUUUCCACGAAAUCUUUGAGAAUGAUUUUCUCCCUCUACGGCCGCGAUUGCAGCUCGCGCAUAUGGAGGUCAAAGUAUGUGAAGAAGAUUCUCGAGAGGCUGGUGAGCAGGUUACCUAUCUCUACAAUCUUUGGAAAGGGCGGAGCACAAAGAGCUUUGGUACUAUAUGCGCCGCAACCAAUGGUAUCGAUGCUGCGAUCGUCGCCCGGGCAAAUGAGAUCGCGUUGCUUGUGGCUCGAGGCGAGAACCCCAUUGCAGCAUGUGCCACCUUAACUGCAGAGGAGACUAGGAUACUGCAGCAAGCGGAUGCUCUAGCUCGAAAUUUUCUCAAAAUGACUAUUCCGACUCCAGAGGAAGCUGACCAUCACAUGAAGGCCACCCUCGAAGAAUUGAUUGCAGCCAGUGACUAUAGAGGAACUGAGAGCGCCUGA